AUGAAGGCUAAGGCCCAAUACAAGGCGGCCCUCAAAAUUCAAAGCCGGCUACAAGGCAAAGAGGACAUCUCCCAAGAGGAGAAGUCCAAACUAGCCUGGGCUGAGCAAAAGGUUGAAGAGGGGCGUCUCCACUACGCGCAGCUGCCUCAGAUGAAGGCGAUGAAGGGUGAAUUCGCCAAUAGGACGAAGAAGCCCAAGCAGAAGGCCAAGGUGAGCGACGUGUCCAAGAGGCACCUCAUCGUGGCCCUGAUCGACCGCAGCGACGAAAAUGGGAAGAUGACGGCGGCGCAGUGGAAACAGGUCCACGCCCAGCUGGUAGAUUGCCUUUUCGCGCGAAUGGAGGAAGCGCCGGACGCUGCCAUGCCCACCUUUGACGGUGCGGGAUGGCUGAACGGGGUGAAGAUCCUCAAAUGUAAUGAUGACCCGACGAGGAAGUGGCUGUUGCAAGUGGUGCCCAAAUUGGAAGCUCUGUGGGAGGGGGCCAAGCUGGAGGUAGUGGACAGGGAGAUGAUCCCUUCCAUCCCAAAGGCGAAGGUGCUCUUCCCCAUUGCAGUCCAGGGAGACCGAGCACUGAAACUUCUCCAGAGGCAGAAUACAGAGGUGCCCACGGCGGACUGGAAAAUCCUGCAUGCUGGUAGCCCGUUACCCAAUGAGGGGGGCCAGCACAUGAUCAUCCAGAUCAACAAGGAGGCAGAGGACAUCCUCUACCCGAGAUUCGGGAAGAUGGCAUGGGGCGUAGGCAGUGUCUACCUACGUCUCAAAAAGCGCCACCCCGAGGACAAGGACGCGCAUACCCUGCAGAGGAUGAGGACGGUGACCUGA